ACUAGUGGAGUGAAGGCGUCUUUGCAAGGGAUAACGACAACACGCUCGACCAAAGGACGCCGCUGCUGCUGCAGAAACACACGGCUCACGCUAACUGACUGACUCACGUGAAGCCGGAGGGGCUGCCUCGCGACUGUGUUGCGUAAAUGGCCACAACAUUUCCUAAAAAGAACACGCUGCCCGUGAGGCGACAACCUGUGCACCAAAUGCGUCCCUGAGAUCAAGACGCGUUUUGAUGUGAAUUAGACCCUUUUUCGUACAACGGAAGUUUCUGCGACCGAAUUUUUUUUUUUUUUUUUGGGGGGGGGGGCUUGAUUUAUAGGCUGCAAACAUGGACGAGGACAACCAAGUCCCCGAGGACUUGUCUUUGGAGGAAAGAGAUGAGCUGUCAAACAUACGGCGCAGGAAAAAAGAGCUUCUGGAUGAUAUUGAACGGCUGAAGUUUGAGAUUGCAGAGGUGAUGACUGAGAUCGAGCAGCUAACCUGUGUAGGGGAGAGCAAAACCACGCAAAGAAACAAACAGAUCGCCAUGGGGAGGAAGAAGUUCAACAUGGACCCGAAAAAGGGGAUCCAGUUUCUUUUGGAGAACGAUCUUCUCCAGAACACCCCAGAGGACAUUGCACAGUUUCUCUACAAAGGCGAGGGGCUCAACAAAACAGUCAUCGGGGACUACUUAGGGGAACGGGAUGAUUUUAAUAUCAAGGUCCUCCAGGCCUUUGUCGAGCUUCAUGAGUUUGCAGACCUCAACCUCGUGCAAGCCUUAAGGCAGUUUCUGUGGAGCUUCAGACUUCCUGGCGAAGCCCAGAAGAUUGAUCGUAUGAUGGAGGCAUUUGCCUCCAGGUACUGCCAAUGCAAUCCUGGCGUCUUCCAGUCCACAGACACCUGCUAUGUCCUAUCGUUUGCCAUCAUUAUGCUGAACACAAGCCUACACAAUCCCAACGUCAGAGACAAGCCCCCCGUGGAGCGCUUCAUUUCCAUGAACAGAGGGAUCAAUGAGGGGGGAGACCUCCCAGAGGAGCUACUCAGGAAUCUAUACGACAGCAUCAAGAGCGAACCCUUUAAGAUCCCAGAGGAUGAUGGGAAUGACUUGACGCACACCUUCUUCAACCCAGACAGGGAGGGCUGGCUGCUUAAAUUAGGGGGCCGAGUGAAAACCUGGAAGAGGAGGUGGUUCAUCCUGACAGACAACUGCCUCUACUACUUCGAAUACACAACAGACAAAGAGCCUCGUGGGAUCAUCCCGCUUGAGAAUCUCAGCAUCAGGGAGGUGGAGGAGCCCAGGAAACCUAACUGUUUUGAGCUCUAUAACCCCAAUCACAAAGGCCAGGUGAUUAAAGCCUGCAAGACGGAGGCAGAUGGGCGUGUGGUUGAGGGCAACCAUGUGGUGUACAGGAUAUCGGCGCCCACACCGGAAGAGAAAGAGGAGUGGAUAAAAUCUAUCAAGGCCAGCAUUAGCAGAGAUCCCUUCUACGACAUGCUGGCCACCAGGAAGAGACGUAUCGCCAACAAGAAGUGAAGAAGGACAAUCUUCUUAACCUCCACCGCAUCCAUCUUUCUCUCCUUCAGUUCAUAAACAAAUCACACACCACAGAAAUGACUGUCAACAACAGAUAAGACUUUGCCCCCGAAGACAACCCUCAGUUAAUCCCCCGGACUAUCUGCAAGUCGUGUGCACUUGCUGGGGAGACAUCACACACUGCUGAGGGGACAGCACAGCUCCAGGAAGCUAUGGACUUGAUUCUUGCAUGGAGCAGUACAUAAACAACCAACCAGCCAGUUAGUUUCUCCUCCAUCUCAUACACACCCCCUACUCCCCCUCUCAUGGUCAUAACAUGUUUCUAGGUCUCCCUAAAGCACAACUGCCAUGUUUCAGGUGCACAUGCAUGCAUGUGGGUUAUUAUAAACCAAUAGGUUUGUGUUUGUUUGUGUGUGUGUGUGUGUAUGCAGCAGUGUGCAUGCUAUCAAUGCACACAGCAUCUACAGUAUGGGUGCAUCAGUCAUACAAGCGUUCCCUCCACUGUGCUUUAAGAAAAAGUUGUAAUUCAAAAUCAGAGUUCAGAUGUUUGGUCAAUUACACAGGGCACGUUUGGAGGAAGGAGUGUGGGAAGAGAAGAAACAUUUGGGAGUUGGUGGGUAGACUAGUGCAGUAUAGCCUCACCUGGACCAUAUCAACAUCUUACUCUGGUGCUGAAUUCUUCUCUACAGGUGCCAUGCUCAGAGUGACCUCAGAAAACAGUGCUGGCUUACAUUUAGGUUCCUAACAAAGCAUUACAGUCUUGAGUCAGCUGGGCUGAUUUCAUUUAUACAUACGGAGCAGAGAAUUUUGAAAUGUGCAUACUUUUUUAUUUUAGUUAAGUAGAAAAGGAGCUUUUGCCGUAGUUUGAGAUAAAGCUUGCUUUUUGUAUUUAAAGUUGUAAUCCUUAAGAUUUCAGUCCUGUUUUGAUUUGGCGACACCCGUGUUUAAUGGUGGUAACAGCAAGUGCAGUUAAAACUACAGCAGACAAUCACUAAGCAGCCACUUUGUCAGAAAUGCAGCAGAAGAGCAACUGGCGUAUCAGUUUACAGUGCAGCCAAACAAAGUCGUAACAAAGAAGCCAGUCAGAAAUGAUUGCAUGAUGUGAUUUCAUGCUGCAUACAGCAAUAGUAGUUCACACAACAUCAGGCCAGAGUAAAGUUAGUUACCUUGCUGAGGAGUUGGAGGUGUGCAGCUUUUAAUGUGGCUGCACCUUCUUGUUCAAUUUCUCUCUUGUAAAAAUUUUAAACCCUUUGUGCGUGUGAAGGCAAUUUUAAAUCAGGGGAAUGGCGGACCAAUGAAAACUAAUGUAAUUGGCUAUUGCAGAUUAAAUGCUGACCAUAAUUAGUAUAAAAAAUGGUGUUUUCAAAAUCUUAAGGAUUUCAACAUUUAAAAAAAGCACUUUGAGAAAGUCUUUUCAUUUUACUGGGUAGGUUUUAUUUAUGGCUGUGCAAUGGCCCAAUAGGGUACCAGUCUGAUUAAGCUUUUUUCCCCCAAUGUCUAUGAAGGUCCAUGUACUGUUGUGAUCCUGUUUGCAUUUGGUUUGUAAUCAUAAAGAUCCUUGCUUGCUUUUUAUGUUCCUCUUUAAAAGUAUAUAUAUAUAUAUAUAUAUAAGUAGUAUAACCCGCUAUCGUUUUGUAUUUAUUUUCAUUUGUGAAAUGCUUUAAUACUACCUGUAAAUUGUUAAACAAUAUAUGCUUAAGUUAUGUAUGUGUGUGUGUGUGUGUGUGUGUAUGUGUGUAUGUAUGUAUGUAUGUAUGUAUAUAUGUAUGUAUAUAUGUAUGUGUAUGUAUGUGUGUAUAUGUAUAUAUAUAUAUAUAUAUAUAUAUAUAUAUAUAUAAUGUUUAGGUUUCUGGUCUCUUUGUUGUAGUAUGCACACUCUGUAACAAGUUUAAGCCUACAAGCAGAAGUUUGGGGUCUUCUUUACAAAAGCCUUAAACAUAAUCAUAAGAAAAACAUAAUGACGAUGAUGAAGAGAAUGUUGGACAAUAACUGUGACGAUGCUGUGAAAAAGCCAUGACUGAUGAGAGAGAAAGAUGGUCGCAUUUAUGAUGAUGAUGAUAAAGAUUAUAGUGAAAAUGAUGUUUGAUGUUAAUGAUGAUGAUUAUAGUAAAGUAAUAUCAGUGAUGAUGAUGAUAAUAUCAUUGAUGAUGAUGUCAAAAACUAUAAACACCAGUAGUUUUCUAUGUGAUUGUAAAAUAUAAUGAAAGCCUUGUGGUCAGGGCAGAAUAUUAUGUUCUACCGCCCUGUGUGGGCUUAUAGUUACAUUAACUUUUAUAUUCUCUGUAAAAGCUAUCGGUCACGUUGUACAUUACGUGUAUCUAUAUAAAGUAUUCAUAAAGCAGA